UACAAAUCCCAAUAAUGAAUAUCUGUUUGGAUGUCUCUGGCAUUUCAGAGAUUUUAACCUGUUGUACAUCUUGUUCAAGAUUUCCUUUUCUCUUUCUUUUCUGCAACGUUUCAUGCUUCCCGUUGUUGUCGUCCUUGUGAGCUUACAGUUGAUAUCUUCUCAGUGGUGAAAAAGGGAAGAACUGUAGUGUGCUUAUGGGUUUAAUGAGAAGUCUGAAGUACUCUGAACUACCAUUCUCUUUGCUCAUACUGUUCAUUGCUUUCUAACACAUUCAUACCCACCAUGUAUAGCCUCCUUCUCUCUCUACGACACACAACAUUCUCUUCCUUUCCCCUGCACUCUUUUUGGGGGUUCGGUCUGCGCUGUCUUCAACCACCCAUUUGAGCCUGAGCUCCAUUUUACUCAACCCCAUUCUUGUCACAUACACCCGUGUCUCCCUCUUUUUCUCUGCACUACCACCCGUCAAAGAAUUUAAGUUUUGUCUAUCUAACUUAGUAAUUUAGAGCUAAGUUAAUCUGUCUGUGUGUGGAAAGUACCCAUCAAGAAUCAAGCAUGGCUGUCUGAACUGGCUUUGAGAACAGUCUCUCUGUCUGUCUCUGUUUGGAGCAUAACCCAUCAAAGCACAGUUGGUUUUCUCCGUCUCGCACGCAUAGUCAAAGCAGUCCCCACCAGUAACACUACCUUCUUUUACUUCCUUAAGCUCUUCAAAGGACCACAAUGCCACCUCCCACCGCCACGGCCGCUGCGCUUCUCCUCCUCCUGCUCCUCUCUACCACCGUCAUUACAACCUCUUCCACCUUAUCUCACAGGAAGCACCGCCGCCACCUCCUCCACCAGCCUUUCUUCCCUCCUAUAGACUCCUCCCCUCCAACCCAAUCCCCUUCCUCAUCUCCCCAACCGCAAAAACGACCACAACUUCAACCAAAACUCCCUUCCUCUUCCUCUUCCUCUUCAUCCUCCACCCCGCCAAAACCAUUCUUCCCAUCCUAUCCCUCGCCACCACCCCCUCCCUCCCCAAUUGCCCUCGCCACCUUCCCAGCAAACAUCUCCGAACUUCUCCUUCCCCAUCCCUCCUCCUCUUCCAUCUCCCACCGUCACCUCGUCGCUAUCGUUGUAUCGGUCUCCCUCCUCAUCGCCGCUCUCUUCUCCGCUUUCGCCGCUUUCUUCUACUGUCGCAAAAGCACAUACGUAACAACCACCGCCACCACCACAGACAAGGCCUCUCACUCGGACAACCAGCGGUUGUACCCUUCUAACAUCGCCACCUCCGAUGGGAGCCACAAGCAUCCUCGCUCCGGCCCAUCAAACCCCAGCUCCGAGUUUCUUUACCUUGGUACCUUAGCGGAUUCCAGUGGAGUCAUUGACGAGGAAGAACCGAUUUCAAGCAAUGCCGGCGUCUCGACCUCGACCCAGUAUCAGAAACUUGGUUCGCCGGAGCUCAAGCCGCUUCCGCCGCUUCCAAAGCACAGUUUCAAGCAGAGUCAUGAAAAUGCUGAAUUGGGUUCUUGUGAGAACGAGGAAAACGAUGAAGAAGAAGAGUUCUUUUCUCCGAGAGGUUCUUCAGGCCGAAAAGAUAGUCCGGUUCGUACCGGAUCGAGCUCUCGAAGAUUGUUUAAUGGUGAGAAUUUCGGAAGUAGAAGCUUCAAUUCGAGAACUGCAUCGUACCCAUGUUCGUAUUCAGCUUCCCCAGCGAAUUCUAUAUCUAAUUAUCCGUCCCCAGCAUUAAAUUUGAGUCCCACAAGCUUGAAAUCGAAAUCCCCGGAUUCCGUGAUCGCUUUCCCAGCUCUUGCCCCAGUUCCUGCUCGGCCAAUUUUGACAUCGCUGCAGUUGUUUUCUUCUUCUAGGUCUUCAUCAUCAUCAUCGGAGAGAGGUUCAGGGAAUACCCAGAAUUCACCUACAAGAAAUUCAGAUAUCUCGGAGCAGAGUAAGCGGUCUCCCUCGAGAACUGAUAGUGUUCCGAUAAAGCUGCCUCCGCCUCCGCCACCGCUGCCUCCUCCACACAGGUUUUGGGAAACUACGGCCAGUCAGAGGCCGAACCGGGAGCUGGAUACAGGACCUCCGAUUCUUGUACCGCCAACUAGGCCUGUUCUAUUACAAAAUGUCGCAGUUGAACAAUUGCAGAGCAACGGAACUGGGGAGAGAAAUGAGGAGACUCCGAGGCCGAAAUUGAAACCUUUACAUUGGGAUAAGGUUAGAGCGAGCUCGGAUCGAGCUACGGUGUGGGAUCAGCUGAAAUCUAGCUCUUUUCAAUUGAACGAGGAAAUGAUCGAGACACUGUUUAUGAUUAAUAAUAAUAGUUCGAAUAUGUCCCUGAAAGACAGUGGUCGACGUAUGGUUCUUCCUUUUCCAAACCAGGAGAGUCGGGUGCUUGAUCCAAAGAAGUCUCAGAAUAUUGCGAUUCUCUUGAGGGCAUUAAAUGUGACCAUCGAGGAAGUCUGUGAAGCCCUUUUGGAAGGCAACUCUGAUACAUUGGGUUCAGAACUUCUUGAAAGUUUAUUAAAGAUGGCUCCUACGAAAGAAGAAGAACGUAAACUAAAGGAGUUUAAAGACGAAUCACCUUUUAAGCUAGGCCCAGCUGAGAAAUUUCUCAAGGCUGUGCUUGAUAUACCAUUUGCAUUUAAAAGGGUGGAUGCGAUGCUCUACAUUGCCAAUUUUGAUUCAGAAGUUGAAUACCUUCUAAGGUCCUUUGAAACACUGAAGGCAGCUUCUGAAGAAUUGAGAAACAGCAGAAUGUUCCUGAAGCUUCUUGAGGCCGUGCUCAAAACUGGGAACCGCAUGAAUGUCGGAACCAACCGUGGUGAUGCCCAUGCGUUCAAGCUGGACACACUCCUCAAGCUUGUUGAUAUAAAGGGCACUGAUGGAAAAACUACCCUCUUGCAUUUUGUUGUACAGGAAAUCAUUAGAGCUGAAGGUUCUCGUCUUUCUGGUACUGAUCAGAGUGAACUGGCUGAGAAGAGUCAGCAGUCUGCUUUACGGGAUGAUGUUGAAUAUAGGAAACUUGGCUUGCAAGUUGUUUCAGGUUUGAGUGGGGAGCUCACCAAUGUAAAGAAAGCCGCCGCAAUGGAUUCAGAUGUGCUCAGCACUGAAGUUGCAAAGCUUGCUGGAGGAAUCACCAAAAUAUCUGAAGUCGUGAAAUUGAAUGAAGAAAUCCCAUUGAAGCAGACAAGCCGAAAAUUUUCAGAGUCGAUGAAUGGGUUCUUGAAGAAGGCUGCGGAAGAGAUUAAAAGGAUCCAAGCCCAAGAGAGAGUUGCACUCUCUCUGGUGAAGGAAAUAACUGAAUAUUUCCAUGGGAACUCAGCUAAAGAAGAAGCUCAUCCAUUUCGGAUUUUCAUGGUGGUGAGGGAUUUCCUUUCUAUUCUCGACCGGGUAUGCAAGGAAGUUGGUAAAGUUAACGAGAGAACUAUAGUCGGUUCAGCCCGUCAAUUUCCUAUGCCUGUGAAUCCAACUCUUCCACAGGCAUUUCCUGGAUUUAAUGGAAGACAGCAUUAUGGUUCCUCGGACGAUGAGACUUCAUCCUCAUCGCAUCAUAGCAUUUGAUUUCAUUGUCGAUCUCUGUUCUUUUUCUGAUGAAUAUCACUGGAUGCCCAUUUAAUACUGGUGGCAUUUGCGGAGGGGCUGCUGGGUUAGAGGCUGCCGAAUAUCAAGUAUAUUAUCUUUUUGUUUCGCUUUCAACUUUGUACUUAUAUAUAUAUAUAUAUAUAAACUACUCAAUAGGAUUUGGAACUGUUUAUCCUACAUGUAACAUAGAAGGGAUUGCCUGAAGAUAAAACAAGGAACUGUUGCCAUACUAGCUAGCUAGUUUUUAUUAUUUUGUAAAUCUGUUGGAUGUUUAAAUUGCUCAGUUAUUUACU